CCACAUCCGUAUCCACAGCGGCACAAGAGUGGCAGAGCACAGUUUGUUUCUCAGCAAGCACGUGUAACAGUCGACAUCUGUAACAAAACACACUUAUUUUGCUGCUGUUGAACAGAAUCUCUAUUGCUUUUGGAGCCAACUCGUCCGCAAUAAGAGCCACUCCUGUGGCUCGGGCUCCUCUACGGCAGCACAGGAGGGCAGGGCCGUACCCCUGCCAUGGAAAACCGCAUUCCUUCUGCCCGUUGGUCUGUUUGCUCUGGUGCCCGGAGAUAACGCUAUUUCUGGCGUUGUUGCUGCUGCAGCAGUUGCUCAGCAGUGAAGGUGGGUGAUGGCACUCUUCGGGUUUGGUUUUAACUCUCGCAUAAGCUCCGCCAACUCCGCGCGCCCGCCGCGUCACACCCCAGCGCCUGCGGGCAGGAGGGGAAAGGCACAGCGCCUCUUGCGUUCCCUCCUCUUAAAAGCGCUCAAGGGAGAGGAGAAGAGAUUUUUCUCUAUUUGUGGAAGGGAUAUCGAGCGGGCAGCAGCGGGAUGUUGUUGGCCCCUGGAGAUGCACCGGGGCCAGGCAGCGUCGCACGUCCGCGGUGCUGGCACCGCCCCUGGUACUCGAUGUGCUGGACCGGGGCCACCCGCACUUUGCAGGCGGAUCUCUGCUCUGCCCUCGCUCCUAACGCCGGCCGUCUGUGGGCCGUGCGGUCCGAGCACGGAGCUGCAGUUCGGAGUUGGAUGCGGGGUGCAAGAGUGGCGUUCCCUGGGGACGGGACGCAGCGAGCAGAGCGGCAGCGAUCUGUGAGCUCUCCCGCCCCCUCCACGCGGCGCAGAGCCGUCCCAGGCAUGCCUUCCUCCCGCCCCUCCCAGCACCACCAGAAAUAGCUCGAGCCUUGGUGCCCGGCUCGCAGUACCUCCAGCGGGCUGGCAGCUCCUCUAGGAGCCCCACGCUCCGUAUCCCUGGCGCUGGGUCCUGACCCCACGAGCACCUCCCCGAGCGCCGCGCCGCCUGCUCAUCUCCUCCAGCGCCCGAUGGCCAACAGCACUCCGCUCUGGGACAACAGCAGCUGGGCUCUGUGCCCCGUGGAUGCCGCCUUCGCGCAGCGCUUCCUGCCCGGCGUGUACCUGGUGGUGACCCCGCUGGGGCUGCUGGGGAACGUGCUGGGGCUGUGCUAUCUGCACUCCGGCCCCCGCAGCCCGCUCAGCCGGCUGGUGGGCCACCUGGGCCUGGCCGACCUGCUGUACGUCUGCACGCUGCCCUUCCUCAUCAGCUACUACCUGCGCGGCCGCACCUGGGCCUUCGGGAGGGGCUGGUGCCGCCUCACCCGCGGGCUCUUCCACCUCAACCUCUACACCAGCAUCGGUUUCCUCACCUGCAUCAGCGUGCACCGCUACCUGGGCAUCGUGCACCCGCUGCGGGCGCGGGGCCGCUGCCAGGCUGCCGUGUCUCCAGGCCGGCUCAGCGCGGCCGUGUGGCUGUGGGUCAUGGUGCAGGUGGGCCCUGACUUCGCCUUCAGCAAGAUGGACCCCAUGGGGAUGCGGUGCCACGACACGACGGGGGAUGAAAGCCUGGGUGCCUACGUGCCCUACACCGCCGCCAUCACCGUGACGGGGUUCGUCAUCCCCUUCCUCAUCAUCGUCGGGUGCUACUGCCACGUGGUGGUGGUGCUCUGCAGGAGCGACACGGUGGAGCCCGGCCUCAGGAGGAGCAGCAUCAGGCUGGUGGUGCUCGUCAUGGUCCUCUUCUCCGUCUGCUUCCUGCCCUACCACAUCUUCAGGAACCUCAACUUGCUGUCCCGAGCCUGGCAGCGGCAGGGGUCCUGCACACAGGCCAUGAAGAACAUCUACAUCUCCUACCAGGUGACCAGGGGCCUGGCCAGCUUCAAUAGCGCACUCAACCCUUUGCUCUACAUCAUGACCAGCAAAGACUGCAUGUCACGCGUGAGGAAUAUCCACCAAAGGGCCAAGGAGACCCUGGGAUCCAUCUUCACAUGGGAAUCCUCUAAGCGAGCCCACAAGAUGAGGAGCAGCAUCGUCUUUGAGUUGCAGGAGGCUUCUGAGCAGCUCUGAUCAGUGCAGCACCUCCCCGACACCUGUGCACAUCAGCUUCAGCUUUCCCCCACCCGAAGCACGCUUUGUGCACGAGCAGCUGCAACGCGUGACUGCAGCAGUGAAACUUGAAGCAGCAGAUUUCAGAAGGGGCACAUGAGUUAGAACUGCCCCCUACCUGGAGAGCACAGCCCCACGCAGGACUGAAGUCAGAGCAAAGCCUGAACCAGUGCCAGCCAGCUGCUGCUUACAUGGCCCCACCUCACUGCUCCACAGAGGACACAGUGGUGAUCACAUGGGGCUAAUGCAUCUGAGGUGCAAAUAAACACUUGACAUGUUCACUUGUGCCCCUCUGGCUUCUUCUAAAGCUUAGUGGCGGCACAGAGCCAGCUGGCCUGGGGGAUGGAGCUGGGGCACACACCAGCUCUGCUCCUCCCCAUGCGCCCAGCUCUCAUCCGCUGCCCUCCCAUCAUUAAGGGUGAAUUAAAGAGUAUCCCACAAACCAGCCCUGAGCCCAGGAUCUGUAGCAUCUCGUGGUUCCAUAUCCCACAUCAGUCAAUCCAGCAGAAACCAUUGGGAUCUGUACUCUGUAACAAUGGCUCCAGGGCUUGGUGGCAUCUUAUGCUUCACAGCCCUCCUGAUCCUCAGGCAGCACCGCUCUCCAUCCAAGCUGAAAAGAAGAAAGAAGAAGAAAAAACUCCCCAACCCAGCCAAGUUCCCUUCCUUAAUUAGCUGUGUGUGUAAUUAAGGACAACCACUGGCACAUGAGCCUGCCUGGCUCUCACAGCUGUGUAAUGGAGCAGCAAAGCAGCCCCCUCCUGCUGCUUUUGCUCCAGGCUCCUCCCUGUGCAAAAAGCAGCUGCUGCCCCACAGGUGACAAAUGUGACAGACAGAGAUGUACAGAUGUACGACCAUUUCACUUCCUUCUAGAAUGCAAAACUGUUCUGCUUGGCAUCCAGAAUGCUACACAAGAACAUACUGCUGUCAACAACAGCUAAACCAGAGGCCCUCAGCAGAGCAAGGACUGCAGGGCAAGGGGCUUUGGGAGCAUCUCCUGUGGUGUGGUGGGAGCUGCAAGAAGGGCUGAGUCCUGCAGGUCACUAAUGAAAGGUCACAGCAUCCCCGAAUGCAG